AUGUUCACCAUCCCUCUCCUCCUCGAGUUCCCCAAAAGCUACUGGAUCUGGAAGUACCGCUCCUGGCUCCUCCAGCAAGCCAUCGACCUGCUCCCGCGGCCCGUGGCCCGCCGCAUAUGGGAAGAGGAGCUCGGCCUCGUGUCCAAGAUGCUGACCAAGGACCGCCGCAACUUCCACGCCUGGGGCUACCGGCGGAAGGUGGUCGCGACGCUGGAGAGCGCGGCGCUCGACGGCAGCAGCCUCGUCGAGUACGAGUUCGAGUACACGACCAAGAUGAUCAACGUCGACCUGUCCAACUUUUCCGCGUGGCACAGCCGCUCGAACCUGAUACCCCGCCUGCUGGAGGAGCGCGGCGCCGACGACGGGGCACGGCAGAAGUUUUUGGAAGACGAACUCGACCUCGUCCGCGAAGCACUAAAUGUCGGGCCGGAAGACCAGUCGCUCUGGUUCUACCACCAUUUCCUCGUGCAGAAUAUGACCGAAUCGGACGGCCGUUCCAAGAUUGCGCCGAAUCUGCCGCAGGAACAAAAGGCAGCCUACUUGAAGCGCGAAAUCGAAGACAUCAAGGACCUUUUAGAAGAUUACGACGACAUCAUGUGGAUCUACAAAGCGUUGCUAGACUACACGAGAGCCUUGCCGAGAGUAGAAGGCCGCGCGCUCAACGACGAGGAGACGGACGACCUCAAGACGUGGAUGGCCAAAGUGCGUCAACUGGAUCCCAUGCGCAACGGGCGCUGGAACGAUCUUGAGAAGGAGUGCGGGUUGGCUUAG